AUGAGUAAAAUAGCCCCUACCCUCUCACUACAAAUUAAGAGAGAAAAACCCUCUGCACGCCGUAAAUGCCUGCCGGUCGACGACCCCAGAAAGACGCAGGAUCUCAGCGACAUCCAGCCCCUCCCCCCCAAAGUCUUCUACUCACACUACUCUUGGAGAUUUCUACGGCAUCCAGACAACACCAUCCAGACAACACCGCCUCUCAUGUCGACUCAACUUCGCUGGGGUCAUUCUCUGACCAUCAGGCAGCAGUACGCGCUUGCCGCUGCCGAGCAGGAGAUCGCGCGGGUUAUUGACAAUGAGAGAGUUCCCCUCGACAAUUUGCCCCCCGGGUUGGGUGGCGGACUCCGCGAAUUGCCUGAUAUAGCCCCCUCCAACGACAUUCAGGAGUCCCUAAAGAACCUGAGUCUUGAACGCAUCCAACGUCCGCCUACUCCGCCGAAGGUAGCUAUUGUCGGCGCCGGUGUCUCUGGGCUGUUUCUCGGCAUGAUGCUCGACUAUCUGAACGACCACAUCCCCGAGUUCAACGUCGGCUACGAAAUCUUCGAAGCCAACGACGCCUCUCGGGUGGGCGGACGGAUGUUUACCUACAACUUCAAGCCACAUCCGCCCCAUAACCCACAGGGCCCGCACGACUACUACGACGUGGGCGCCAUGCGGUUCCCUCAUAAUCCCAUCAUGCAGCGCGUGUUUGAACUGUUUGAUUGGCUGGAUAUGCCAAUGGGCCCGCUGGAGAAGGAUUCAAAGAAUGGAUCGCUUGUCCCCUACAGUAUGACCAACCUCACGGGAAAAGAUCAAAACGAGCCCUUCCGCUAUAACGACCUGACAAAGUGGGGAUCUUAUGUCAACAUCGCUGCUGCUGCCCGGGGCAAUGAUGCUUUUGAGUUCAAUGAGGAUCGCAAAGACCCCCUAAUCCCAUCAGCCGUCCUCGCCAUGAGUCCCAGCAAGGUUGUUGACGAUGCCGUUGAAGACCCUGCGCCCGGCUCUGCAGGAAGAUGCAGGAAUAUGGAGGGCCAGCGGGGUUGGGAACUGCUGAAUGAACCACCGAACACCACCACACCCGACCCCACACGGCCGCCCUUCAACACGAGCACCAUCAACUUUCUCGAGAGCCAUGAAUGGGUAGGGAUUCCAGUCAUUCCACCCGUCCCCACUACAACCUUGACACCUUUACCGCUAGCUAAGGUAGCAACCACCUCGCUAACAAAGAUGCACAGCGGCACCGACUGGUAUGACCAAGCGUUCAGUGAGACGGUGCUCGAGUCGCUCGACUUUGACUAUGACAAGUCCACCAAGUGGUGGUGCAUCAUGGGCGGGUCACAGCAGCUCCCGAUGCUGAUGGAGAAGCGGCUCAAGACCAAGCCCAUCUAUUCCUCGCGUGUCUCCGCCCUUCGCAACGUCCUUAAGUUUAACCCGCCUAACCCGCUCACGUUUGGGGUGGAAGUCUCGCUCCAGGGUGACGAGACCUCCAAGCGCCGCGUCUACGACGGCGUCUUCAACACCACCACGCUCGGCUGUCUCCGGCGCAUCGACACGACGGAAUGCUACUUGCCCAAUAGCACCAAGACGGCCCUCCGCGUGCUCGCUUACGGCGAGUCGUGCAAGGUUGGCAUCAAGUUCUCGAGCGGCUGGUGGCGCCAGACGAUGCCCGGCGGCCAUCGGGUCGAGAAGGGCGGGCUGGGCCACUCGGACCUGCAUAUCCGCACGGUCGUGUACCCCUCGUACAACGUGCUCGACGACCCCUCGCAGCCGUCCGUGCUCCUCGUCUCGUACACGUGGCAGCAGGACGCGGAGCGCAUCGGCGCCCUGAUCUCGCGGUCCUCGCCCGCCGGCGAGGACGAGCUCAAGGCGCUGCUGCUGCGCGAGCUGGCGCGGCUGCACACGACGACACGCGAAGACGAGGAUAAGCUGUUCGCCACCAUCUCGGCGUCCUACCUCGACCACUACGCCCACAACUGGUCCGACGACGCCACGACCGCCGGCGCCUUCGCCUUCUUCCGCGCCCAGCAGUUCAGCACGCUGUGGCCCAAGGUCGUGCAGCCAGCCGGCAACCUGGUGAUGAUCGGCGAGGCGUCGAGCCCGCACCACGCGUGGGUCGUCGGCGCCAUCGAGAGCGCCGUCGCCGGCCUGUACUCGUGGCUCUACAGCCGCAUGGACCUCCCCGGCGCCAAGGAGGCCGUCUGGCUCAUCGACGGCACCACGCCCGUCCCAAGGGACUCCCAUAAGCAUCCGCCCUUCCUGGGCCUGCCGAGCUAUCUGCCCAAGAAUCACGCGCGCUGGAUGGGAUUGAUUUCGGCCUUGAGAACCGAGAGGGCGGCGAAGAGGGAGUAG